AUGUUGGGAACCGUGUGGGGCCUCGUGAGGAGACACCGCCGCAAACUGGCGUCACCGGGUCCUGCUGGGAGGUCAGGGGGGGCGAGUGCCGUUGCUGCUCUCCCAGGUGUGUAUCUGUUGGGUAAAUACGCUCAGCGGAAGCUCCGGGAGCUCCAGGAGCACGAGGCGGCGGAAUACAUCUCCCAGGCCCGGCGCCAGUUCCACUUCGAGAGCAACCAACGCACGUGUAACAUGACGGUGCUGUCCAUGCUACCAACACUGCGAGAAGCCAUCAUGCAACAGCUCAACUCAGAGAGUCUCACAGCCCUCCUCAAAAACAGACCAGCGAACAAGUUGGAGAUCUGGGAGGAUCUGAAGAUCAUAAGUUUCAGCCGGGGCCUGGUGGCUGUGUACAGCACGUGUAUGCUGGUGGUCCUGCUGAGAGUGCAGCUGAACAUCAUCGGGGGCUACAUCUACCUGGACAACGCAGCCAUGGGCAAGAAUGUCGCUACACAGGCUCCCCCUGAAGUCCAGCAGCAAUACCUAUCUAGUAUACAGCACCUCCUCGGGGAUGGUUUGAGUGAGCUGGUGACGGUGGUGAAGCAGGCCGUGCGGGAGGUGAUUGGGGGCAUCUCCCUGAAACAGUCCUUGACACUUGUGGAUCUGGAGCAUCACAUCCGGACGAUCCGGGAGCAGAUUGAGAGACGACAUUCCCGGAAUAUGGAGCGGCCCAGCACCAGGUCCCCGCUCUGCCGCUACCUGAUCCCUGACGAGGACGACACACUCGCCUCACAGGCCUGCGGAUUGACAGACAAAGACAAGACCACGAUCAAACUACUGAACGAGACGAGAGACAUGCUGGAGAGCUGUGACUUCUCCACUGUGCUGAGCUCCUGUCUGACACGAGGCUUCAGCCGUCUGCUGGAUAACAUUGCCGAGUUCUUCAGACCCACAGAGCACGAGCUGACUCCCAACGGCAAGAUUACCAGCUUGUCCAGCGUCAGUCUGCCUCUGGCCAAAAUCAUCCCGAUUAUUAACGGACAGAUGCACGCCACCUGCAGCGAGACUCCCAGCCACUUUGUUCAGGACCUGCUGAUGAUGGAUCAGGUGAAAGAUUUCGCCGCCAACGUGUACGAGGCAUUCAGUACCUCUGAGCAGCUGGAGAAAUAGCCCGGGGGCCACGGGUGAGAGAAAGGGGGCGGCGGGAGAGAGACGGAGAGA